AUGGACAGCAAAAAGACGUCGUCAAAGUUUUCCCGCACGAACCGCGGAGCGGUCGAACGUCCAACGUCGAGGGAUACUCGUGGUCGAAAGACCAAUGAUGCAACUGCUAAGGCCAAGUCCGGGACGAAAACGGAGACUGUGUCAGUGAUGGAAGCCGUCUCUAGAUUCGACUCUACCGGCUACAAAGCAAAGGCGAAAGCAAAUCAGGCCGCCGUGAAACGAAGUGCCAAGUCACAGGAAGCUCUCAUGUCAGCCUUGGGCGUCGAUGCGCAAGCGACGACAUCCUUAGCCGCAGCAGCCAGCCGACGGGAUCGUUCGUCCAGCUCUCGUCCAGGACGUUCGACAUCGAUCGAAGAUAGAAAGCAGAGCAUUCGUGAGGCUCGUGCUCGGUCUCGAUCGCGGACCCGACCCACGCCCAAUGAUGGUGAAAGCUUAGCUCCAUCGACGAGCAAUUACAGCAAAAUAUCCAGCAUGUCCUCCAUUACGGAGAAAACAAAGACAUCGCGACGACCGGCUUCGGGUCGAGAGGUGUCGAAACGAAACACGCAACAGCUCAUCAUGCUUCGACAUGCGGCUCGUUGUCCGUACGGACCCGACAGUAAAGAUAAGGAGACUCGCGGCCGUUGCCCUAUUCAUAAGCAGUGCGCAGAAAUGAAGGAGCUCUUGGGGCACAUGACCAUGUGUCAAUUGACUAGUGGUAGCUGUCCCUUUCCAAAUUGCAACGAAUCCAAGGGACUCUUAGAUGUGGUCUAUCCGUAUGGUCCACCAGCGCCCAGUUCAUCGUUGAUGGCUGCUGUCAAGAAGGAGGGGGUCACGUCGAAACAACAGAAUAGCAGUGCUCCCUUGGUCCGUUCCUCCCAGGACGAAGAGUUCCCUCCGGCUACCAUGUCCAAUGACGACGAUCUUAUUUCCAAGAAGGACAGUCCCCGAGCAGCUAGGCUGGAAAAGUUUCCUGCUGUACAAAGUGCGAAUGAAGUGGUUGAUUCAUCCGCGUCAAAGCCGCUCACGGCCUACAUGAAGGACCGGAUCUCUUCGCCACCUGAAGAAAGCUCCAAGACACCAACUGCAGCAGAAGACAUUGAAAUGGGAGUCACAAAGCAGGAGCAGCCGCAAGAGACUGUUGAAGAAGAAGAGCUUAUUGACGAUUCUUUGGAAGAGCAGUCUUUGUUCGAGUUAGAACAGCAAUCUCUCCUGGCAAAGGAAAUCCAGGCUAGACGACUGCAGCGAGCACCCAAGGUCAAGCACAAGGUUGCAUCCGGUAGUGCUAAGAGCAGCCGUUCCAACAAAAGUGGUAUAAGCAGCAACAGUAGCACGACAUCGGCGUCCACUACAGCCAGCGAGAUGAUUCGAAAUUCCCAGAUAGUCGCUCGUGAAAUCAAGCUGAAGGCCGAAUCCAUGAUGUCCAAAAUGGCAAAGGAAUCUGACGACGGUCUUGCUUCAAUUGGGGGGUCAUCGGUCAGGCGAUGGGCUCGACGUACCAAGUUUGCUUGCUUUGGUUUUGGUGUUACUGUCGUCCUUUGCGUCAUCGCCUUGAUUUUCUUGUACUUCUUUGGACGAGACUCGUGGGACUCGCUCUCGGGUCACUUUCUGGAAACCAACUUCACAAGUAUCGACGAUCAAGCGUCAGAGUCUAUCAUUGAUGACACCGGUUCGCCAAGUCAUCAACUAGAGGCGACACCUGCGCCUUUGUACACAGAAAAUGAUGUGGAUAAUGACGCUCCUACCAUGGCUCCUACUCUGUUUCAGUCCCUUUUGCCCCAAUUUACCCUGGAGGCCCUGGCAGCUGAUCAGACGAACGAAUCACCGCAGUUCAAGGCGUAUCAAUGGGUUUUGUCGGAUCAAGCGUUCCUUGCAGAUCGACUAAACUCGGGGGUCGUGGCUGCAGCUACCACGAGCGGCGGCGACGCCACUCCCUCCUUUACCGAAGAAGGGUGGAAGAAUCGCUUUGCUCUUGCAACACUCUUCUAUGCAACUUCCAACAAACCAACAACCCGAUACGGUCGAUCAGCCCAGAAUUGGACGCACAGCAACAACUGGUUGUCCAUGGGAGUGUCGGAAUGUGAGUGGUCCUUCUACGGUUGUGAGCGCGGGGAUAGCAUAUGGAUCACCAACAAUGGAUUGCGGGGAACUUUGCCGGCAGAGAUGGGGAUGCUGACGAAGUUGAGGGACCUGGCAAUCAUAAACAAUCCGUCUCUUACUGGGCCUCUUCCCCGACAAUUCGGCUUAUUGCAAAAGACCGUGUCAGUGAACUUGCAGGGAAACAAAUUCAGCGGUGAAAUCCCCGUCGAAAUUGGCAAUAUGCAAAAGUUGAGGUGGUUGUAUCUGAAUAACAACAAGCUGACAUCUUCGAUUCCCGUCGAACUUGGUCAGCUGUCCAGACUGGCGUACCUAUGGCUGAACGACAACAGACUCACUGGAAAGCUUGAUCCUGCAAUGUUCAAGUUGCAAGAUUUCAAGCACUUGCAGGAACUGUUGCUGCACAAGAACCGCCUGAGCGGACCCCUACCAGAGGAGAUUGGUCUCAUGCCAAAAGUCCGCUUCAUGUCCCUUCAUCAAAAUGGCUUCACGGGUACUAUUCCGACAACCAUUGGAUUGCUGACCGAGCUUGAGAUUCUGAAGCUUCACGACACUGAACUGACAGGAAGGGUUCCUCAAGAAGUCUGUCUUUUGAUGCAAAGGGGCAUCUUGACGACACUCACCAUCGAUUGCUCCAAGGUCGUCUGCGAUUGCGGAUGCUCGUGCACCAACGAUAAGAACGAGCAGUCCCAAUCCACUCCAGCGCCAGUGACAUCUGCAGCGGAAAAUGUCUCUACAAGUGCACCAACAACAAGGCCAACAAGAGCACCAAGCACUGCGGCGCCCAUUUCUACAGGCGCCCCCACAAGAAACCCAACCAGAGUGCCUACGGGGCAGACAACAGCGCUGCCAACAGCGUCUCCAAAACAAGAUGACGAACUAGAGGAACAAGACACCCCUGCACCAGCGACAGUGACGACUCCACCGACCGGAACUACAGAGGAAUCGGGAAAUUAUGAUGUCCCAGUGGUGGCUGCUGAGUUUAUGUUGCAGCUACCCGAUUUCACCAAGGAAGCCUUGCUUGAUCCCGACACACCACAGUCUAUGGCUUUGGAAUGGCUUCAGACUAACCCUGACCUGGGUCAAUACAGCUUCCAGAGGAAGUUACAGCGAUAUGCAAUGGCGACGAUAUUCUACUCAACUAACGGCACCGACUGGUUUGAAAACGACGACUGGCUUGAUCCCGGGGUCCAUGAGUGCGACUGGUUCACGUCUUAUACUAGUGGUGAUAUCUGUAGUAGUGACACGGGAGAAGAUGGGGAUCGAUAUCUGACGGACCUCAUGUUGUGGCAAAACAAUCUAGUCGGACCCUUGCCUCCAGAGGUCACUCUGUUGACUUCUGUUGAGAAGAUCUUUCUAGGCGUUAACAACAUCACGUCUUUGCCGUCUGAGAUUGCAUUCCUUUCCAACUCUCUCAGGGUAUUGAACAUGAUGCACUGCUCUGUGGGAAGUGCCCUCCCUUCGGAACUAGGGGGACUAACGAAGCUGAAAAAGUUGGACUUGAGCGAAAACUACUUUGCGGGACAGAUACCCAGCGAGCUUGGUCUUCUUCAGCUCGAGAAUUUGUACCUAAAUCACAACUUCUUGGCUGGUCCACUGCCCACAGAGCUUUUCAACAUUGUGACUGCUAAAGGCUUCAACGUUGCCGCAAAUGCUCUCUCAGGAACCCUGCCAACAGAAGCAGGCAAGCUGGCUCAUCUUCAUUGGUUCAAUCUCUAUGGCAACUGGAUGGAAGGUCCAGUUCCUACUGAGAUUGGGCUGUUGAACAAGAUGGCUGCUUUGCACGCCAGCCACAACAUGUUCUCGGGGACUCUCCCUUCUGAACUUGGUCAAUUGUCUACCAGUCAGUCUUUAAGCAUCGAUGUUAGAUACAACAACAUCACAGGAACAGUUCCGUCAGAACUGGGCAGUCUGACAAAUCUUGUCGUUUUGGCAUUGGAAGGGAAUCCGGAUUUGACUGGGGAAAUGCCGGGGGAGAUUUGUGAGCUUGUCUCUGAUUGGAAGCUGAGUACACUGAGCCUUGACUGCCAGAAUGUCAAGUGCAGCGACAACGCUUGCUUGGGUACGGACGCCGAACAUGGGGUUUGCUUGUGUCCAGAGGCGGUGCCCUUCAACGACGAUGGUAUGCCAUAG